AUGGCACUCGAAGCUCUUACCUCGCCAAGAUUGGCUUCUCCGAUUCCGACUCUGUUUCAAGAUUCUGCUGUUGGCUUUCAUGUGAGCAAAGGCAAGCGUUCUAAGCGUUCCAGAUCCGAAUUCGACCGCCACUGUGGUAGUGGUAGUCUCACUGAGGAUGAAUAUAUCGCUUUAUGUCUCAUGCUUCUUGCUCGCGACGGUGAUCGAAACCGUGACCUGUCUUUUUCUUCAUCGCCGCCUCUGCUUCCUCCUUCUACUCCCAUCUACAAGUGCGGCGUCUGCGACAAGGCGUUUUCUUCUUACCAGGCUCUCGGUGGACACAAAGCCAGCCACCGGAAAAACUCAUCGCUUACUCAAUCAAGCGGAGGAGAUGAACACUCGACGUCCUCGGCGAUAACCACCGUCGGCGGCAGGGGAAGUGUCAAAUCGCACGUUUGUUCCAUCUGUAACAAAUCUUUUGCGACCGGUCAAGCUCUCGGCGGCCACAAAAGGUGCCACUACGAAGGAAAGAACGGCGGUGGCGGUGGCGGUGGAGGAAGCAGUAGCGUGUCGAAUUCGGAAGGUGUGGGGUCUAUAAGCCACGUCAGCAGCAGCAGCAACAACAACCACAACCACCAUGGGUUUGACCUCAACAUCCCGCCGAUACCGGAAUUCUCCAUGGUCAACGGAGACGAGGAGGUGAUGAGUCCCAUGCCGGCGAAGAAACUCCGGCUUCACUUCCCAGAGACACUCAAACAUACCUCUUUCUAG